AUGACAUAUGCCUGUCGAAUUCUAGACAAGGCGCAGAAGACAGGGGGGAAGGCGAAUGAAGAAAACCCAAAAAUAGGGGCAACGCAAGCAAAAAGGAACGCGAAACGAGGGGACGAAGACGAGGCGACGUAUGGUAGUGCAUUCGCUAUCCAGUGCAAUGGGUCACUGUCCAGGAAUGGCUCGGGCUUGGGGCUGGGGACGUCAUGA